UCCCCUUCCGCGCGGGCGGGCGCAUGGCGGGCCGCGGCGGCGCGGCGGCGGCCCGGGAGCUGCUGGACGUGCGGCCCCGGCCAGGGCUGGAAGACAUUUUGCUGAUUAAUUCAAAAUGUAGCAGCAAGAAUGCCACAACUUUACAGACUAUUAAGGUGCCAAGGAGCAAUGUUUUGGACCGAGUGCAGAGCUUUUUACCACAGAUGGCCCAGGCAAAUGAUGAGCUCAAAAGAAAAAUGGUAACAGCACCUGCUCAUGAGUUUGAUAUUGAACAUCUAGACAGUGAAACAGAAAAAGUUAUAGAAAUGAAUGUGGCUGUAGUUGAACUGAGUGAUUCUGAUACAGAUGAAGAGUUGCUGACUUCAGAAGAUGACUCGGAAUCUGAUGAAGAUGACUCUGUAACUGAUGAAGUGACAGUAGACAACAUUAAGUUUCCUAAACAAAAGGGAGAAAAGGGCAAAAUAGAAAUUUUGGACAGCAAAGCAAAUGAGUAAUCCCAUUUUAUUUUGCUUUAAAAAUCCCCAAACCGACCAAAUCAUGUUUUCUCACUUUGAAGAGUUGGCCCUUAAAACCACUUUGUUUCCCAGUGUAGCAUUUCUUGGGAUCCUGUGAAAUGCUAUAGUUUAUGUGGUGGAGAAUUCAGGAUCCACUCAUGGCUGGGGAAGGCUGGAUUUCUGAAGAAUUAAGUUCAAUUUGACUCAUCAAAUAACAGGAAAAUGGGCUUCAGAGUAGUUUACAGCAAGAAAACAGCUAGAGUAAGGGGCACUUGAAAGAUAAACAUUCUUGUUCUGUUGCUUUGUUGAAGACUGUUUUUAUAGGAAGAUAGCAGUUUUUGCUUCAAGGGUAAGAAAGAGUUAACUAGGAAAAAAGCUUUGUUUUCAUAGUCCAUGUCCUGUGAGGUGUUAUGUACACUCUCUUCACUAUUAAACAUGAUCUUUCAGUACCCCAGAGGUAUGUCUACAUUGCAUUCAUGCUGGACACCAGAGCCGUGGCUGAGCUCAUUUCUAGCUGAGCCAGCCUGGGUAAGGACAGCCAUGAGCAGAUUUCAGCAAAGGGUGACUCAGUCCUUACCCUGUGUGCCUGCACUGGGCUCCACAGCAGCACGGGAGCUUACAGGCUCCCGUGGGAAACCUUCGUGGCUGCAGUGCAAACACCUCCAUACUAAAAGGAUCAAGGCUGUCCCUGGGGGCUUGUGAUGGCUUUAAGCUACACUUUGCAUCCCCCAAAUUCCCUGCCACGUUUCCAGUUUCCAUUUUGUUAACGGUCACUGACAGAAGGAUGGAAAGGUGAAUUUUCAGCUGGCCUGUACUUAAAUUGCCUAGACACAAUUGUGGAACCAGUCAGUGAAAGUGUGUCCCAUUUAUACUUACCUCGAUCAAGUACAAUGGUUUGUUUGGACUACUACAUUUACUUCAUAUAUCAGUUUGCAUUUCAGAAAUAUCUGUCAUGCUCCUGGAUGUCAUUGUUUCUUAAAGGAACUUUGUAUUUUCUAUACCAUUAAAGUAAAAGUUUCUAUACUGUAUUUGCUCAAAUAUUAAACUGAAUGUCAUGGCUUGAAA